GGAGUGGACGCGCUAGAAUCUGGAGCGUCGCGUCGAAGCGCAGCGACAUUUUCUUCUCAUUUCAGUUCCUCUUCAUCAACAGGACCGAUACACACAGUCUGAUCUCGAACACACACACACACCGACCGACUGAUGCUCGGAACAACCCGGAGCUGAGAGGAGCAUCACGCGCUUCUGUGAGAGACUCUCCGCUCUGAUGGUUAUGGUCGGUGUGUGACGCUCAGAGUCUCAGCUUCACUCAGCAUGUCUGCUCUACAGGGAGCGUGGCCGCCCGGCACCGAGUGUGUGGCUAAGUAUAACUUCCAGGGCAGCACCGACCAGGACCUUCCCUUCAGCAAAGGAGACCUGCUGACCAUCAUCAGCGUAACCAAGGACCCGAACUGGUAUCGAGCGAGGAGCAGUGUGGGGCGAGAGGGAACGAUUCCUGCCAACUACGUCCAGCGGAGAGAAGGCCUGAAGUCUGGAGGAAAGCUCAGCCUGAUGCCGUGGUUUCACGGGAAGAUCCCGCGGGAGACGGCGGAGCGGCUGCUGUAUCCGCCCGAGACGGGCUUGUUCCUGGUGCGCGAGAGCACAAACUACCCCGGCGACUACACACUGUGUGUGAGCUGCGACGCGAAGGUGGAGCAUUACCGCAUCAUCUACCACAGCGGCAGGCUGAGCAUCGACGAGGAGGAGUACUUCGACAACCUCAUGCAGCUGGUGGAGCACUACAGCAAAGACGCGGACGGCCUCUGCACGCGCCUCAUCAAGCCGAAGCUGGUGGAGGGGACGGUGGCGGCGCAGGACGAGUUCUCCAGGAGCGGAUGGGCCCUGACCCGCAGAGACCUCAAGCUCAUCCAGCCCAUCGGGAAAGGAGAGUUCGGAGAUGUGAUGCUGGGAGAUUACAGAGGGUCGAAGGUCGCGGUGAAGUGCAUCAAACACGACGCCACAGCGCAGGCGUUCCUCGCCGAAGCCUCCGUGAUGACUCGGCUGAGACACACUAACCUGGUGCAGUUAUUGGGUGUGAUCGUGGAGGAGAGAGGCAGUUUGUUCAUCGUGACUGAAUACAUGGCGAAGGGCAGUCUGGUGGAUUACCUGCGCUCGCGGGGUCGAACGGUCCUGGGCGGCGAGUGUUUGCUCCAGUUCUCGCUUAACGUGUGUGAAGCCAUGGAGUAUCUGGAGGCCAAUAACUUUGUGCACCGAGAUCUGGCGGCUCGUAACGUCCUGGUGUCCGACGACAACAUCGCUAAAGUCAGCGACUUCGGUCUGACCAAAGAGGCCUCGUCCACUCAGGACACGGCAAAACUCCCCGUCAAGUGGACCUCGCCCGAGGCCCUGCGCGAGAAGAGGUUUUCCACCAAGUCUGACGUGUGGAGUUUCGGCGUGCUCCUGUGGGAGAUUUACUCGUUCGGCCGCGUGCCGUACCCCAGAAUCCCGCUGAGGGAGGUGGUGCCGCGGGUGGAGAAGGGCUAUAAGAUGGAGGCUCCGGACGGCUGUCCUGCCGCGGUGUACGAGCUGAUGAAGCAGAGCUGGAGUCUGGAUCCCGCCAAGCGGCCCUCGUUCCUCAUGAUGAGGGAGAAGCUCCAGCGCAUCCGAGCCGAGGAGCUGCACCUGUGACACACACACACACACACACACACCUGCUGCUGAGGACUGAGACUGUUGAGCUGACACACUCUCCUGAUCCGUGACGUGACCGGAGGAACACACGGGGGAGUGAGUGUGUGUGACCUGCAAAUGUCAUGCG